CUCUUUCCGGUUUGUAAUUCUCACGAAGAUGCCGUCUGUAACGCUAAAGGACGUCGAUCAACAAAAAUUUGUGAAGGCCUUUGCAGCCUUCCUUAAAAAAACUGGCAAGAUGCGCGUGCCAGAGUGGGUGGAUAUCGUCAAGACGGCCAAAUUUAAGGAGUUGGCGCCAUACGAUCCCGACUGGUUUUACAUCAGAUGUGCGGCCUUAGUACGCCACAUCUAUAUUCGUAGCCCGAUCGGAGUCGGCGCCGUUACCAAGGUCUUUGGCGGACGUAAACGCAACGGCACUCAUCCCAGCCACUUCUGCCGAUCGGCAGGCGGUGUCGCGCGUAAGGCGCUCCAAAGCUUGGAGCAGCUGAAGUUGAUAGAGAAAGCACCUCUCGGGGGACGCAAAUUGACCAGCCAAGGACGCAGGGACUUGGAUCGCAUCGCCGCGCAAGUUAAGGCUAAGAGCAAAAAACAGCUUAAGCUUCAGGAAAUUGUAAUGUAAAGUUCUUUUAUGUUUCUGUAAUAAAACACAUCUAAAUACUUGAA